UCAUCUAUAUAUAUAUAUAUCCAAACAAGAAGAAACAAAAAAAUCUGACACAUGGCGUACUCUUUUCUGAAGUGUUAUAAUCUCUUUUUUCUGACUAUAUUUGUGUUGGUUUUAGCAGAUACACUAGCACUUGCAAAGCAUGGAGGGAUUACCAGACACUACAAGUUUAAUAUUCAAAUGCAAAAUAUGACGAGAUUGUGUCAAACAAAGAGCAUUGUAACAGUGAAUGGCCAGUUUCCAGGGCCUAGAAUUAUUGCAAGAGAAGGAGACAGACUUGUUAUCAAGGUUGUUAACCAUGUUCAGUACAAUGUCACCAUUCAUUGGCAUGGAGUGAGACAACUAAGAAGUGGAUGGGCAGAUGGACCUGCUUAUAUUACACAAUGCCCAAUUCAGACAGGGCAGAGUUAUGUAUACAAUUUCACAAUCACUGGUCAAAGAGGAACUUUAUUUUGGCAUGCUCACAUCUCAUGGCUGAGAGUUACACUCUAUGGACCCAUUGUUAUUCUUCCAAAGAAAGGUGUUGCUUACCCUUUUCCACAACCCUUCAAGGAAAUCCCCAUUCUUUUUGGUGAAUGGUGGAAGGCAGAUACAGAAACAAUUAUUAGUAAAGCCCUUCAAACAGGAGGAGCUCCAAAUAUUUCUGAUGCUUAUACCAUCAAUGGUCUUCCUGGACUUUUCUACAAUUGCUCUGCUAAAGAUACAUUCAAAUUGAAGGUGAAACCAGGGAAGACAUAUCUACUGAGAUUAGUCAAUGCUGCACUGAAUGAUGAACUUUUCUUCAGCAUAGCAAAUCACAACCUUACUGUUGUAGAAGUUGAUGCGGUUUAUGUGAAACCAUUCAAGACCAACACAAUUCUUAUAACGCCAGGACAAACCACAAAUGUCCUCUUGAAAACCAAACAUUUUCAUCCUAAUGCCACCUUCCUCAUGGCGGCUCGGCCUUACGCCACUGGUCCUGCUGCCUUUGAUAAUUCCACCACCACUGGAAUCUUAGAAUAUCAUCAAUCCUCUAAUAACACCAACAAGAGCAGCAAAUUUCCUCUGUUAAAUCCAAAACUUCCUAUAUUCAAUGACACAACUUUUGCUACAAGUUUUGCCAAGAAAAUAAGAAGUUUAGCCAAUGCAAAAUUUCCAGCCAAUGUUCCUAAAAAAGUUGAUAAACGGUUUUUCUUCACUGUAGGAUUAGGAUUGAAUCCAUGUCCUAAGAACCAAACAUGUCAAGGGCCAAAUAACACUAAAUUAGCAGCUUCUGUUAACAAUGUAUCUUUUGUUCAGCCAAAUGUAGCACUUCUUCAAUCUCACUUUUUUAACCAAUCCAAAGGUGUUUAUACCACAGAUUUUCCAAUCAAUCCGCCAUUUAAAUUCAAUUACACAGGAAAUCCACCAACCAACAUUUUUGUUACCACAGGCACAAAAGUUGUGGUGCUACCUUUUAAUACAAGUGUGGAAUUAGUUAUGCAAGAUACAAGUAUCAUUAGUGCUGAAAGUCACCCUCUUCACCUCCAUGGUUUUAAUUUCUUUGUAGUUGGUCAAGGUUUUGGAAAUUAUAAUUCUAGUAAGGACACUGCUAAUUUCAACCUUGUUGACCCUGCUGAAAGGAACACUGUUGGUGUCCCAUCCGGAGGUUGGGUCGCUAUUCGCUUCCUUGCUGACAACCCAGGAGUAUGGUUCAUGCAUUGUCAUCUUGAAGUUCACACAAGUUGGGGCUUGAAAAUGGCAUGGAUGGUUAUGGAUGGAAAAGGUCCCAAGCAGAAGUUACCUCCUCCACCAGCUGAUCUUCCUAAAUGUUGAUGAUUUUUCAUAUGUUAAUACUCUAAAAGCACCCUUUUCUCUUUUCUGUUAAAGCAGAACAUGUCUCUUGUUUUUCUUCCCUUUUGUUAUUGUUUAGAGUAUCCUUCAUUCUUUGAAAUUUUUUGGUGGAACACACUAGGCUUGUAAUACAAUUAGUUUCUUGUUAGGAGCUUUAGGUACAAGUGUCUGUGAAAUUGAAAAAAAAAAACCAUUAAUUCAGAGUAACAACUUUCGAUUUGA